AAUAAUUUAUAUCAUGGCUGAGCCAUCUCGCAGCUCGGAAGAGAGAUUCAGUCCACUCUUUCAGUUACCUGAACACAUUAUACAGAAUGUGCUGUCUUAUCUCACUUACCAUGAAAUAAGUGAGGGUCGUCGGGUGUGCCAGUACUUCAACCGCUGCUGCCAAGAACUGCUUACACAGGGCUUCAAUCAAAUUGACAAGUUCCAUGCACAGAUACAGAAGGAGGUCAAGUCCAAGUUGCCGCGUCGGGAAUCGGAGCGACGCAACCACGAACUGUCCCGCCAUGUUGACAUCCUGUCGGCAGUGGAGACAAGGUUGUCCCUGCUGUCCAUGACCUACUCCAAGUACAUAGACCACGGCCUCUGCUGCUUCAUCCCAGGCAAGGUUUUGGAUGAGCUGUUCACACUCCUCAAGAAGUUGCAGGAGAAGAACUCACAGCCACCAAGAGCUCAUGAGUUCCUACAGGAGCUCCGUGACAUCUCCUCCAUGGCCAUGGAACACUUUGAAGAACACAUCAUCCCAGCACUUAAACAACAGCUGCCUGCAGGCUCCCUCUCACUGGCCUUGCCAGAUCCAUUCUCUCCAGACCAAGGCUCGCCAUCCUCCAUGGUCCACUUCUCAACGCCCACAAUGUCUCGUAUGCCGUCGCUGCGCCAAGAGCUCCUGCGCUUGCAGCAUCAGAUGCGUGUCCAAAGUGGUAGUGUGCAGUCCUACAAGAAGGAGCUGACAGAACAGAAGAACAAGAUGGUGGAGCAACGGAAGAUUAACUUGGAGCAGGAGAAGAAACUGCUGGAACAGGAUCGCAAACUACAGGAACAAAGUCGAAUCAUAUCUGAGCAGAAUAUCCGCAUCGAUAGACUGGAGAACUCCAUCAGUGACUUGAACAACAGGCUUGCCACAGUGUACAAGCGGGUGAGUGACAGCGAUGUGAUGGCUGACAUUGCUGGGCCUGUUGGUCCCACACACAGGCGAAAGUGUAAGAAGUCCAACCAGGAGGUACAGAAGAUUACAAUCAAAACUCGCCAGAAGAGAAAGCAAGAGUGUGACCUUGCCGAGGAGGCAUGUGGAAGAGGCAAAGUCAAAAGCCUGAAGAGAAAGAAAUAUUGACAACUGUGAUGUGGUGUGAAAGGAGUGAAACAGUUCAUCAUGAUAUACCACACCAUGACAUGAUCCACACUACAAACCAUUUCCACCACAGAAUCAAAAUUGGUAAUCAACAUAUCUCUCCAUAAAGAAUUCACAGUCAGUUAGAUGUUCAACAUUAUCAUUGAUCAAGGGGUGAAAUGAUACAGCAAGGUCACGAAACAUUAUGUAUCACGAAACAUACGUCACAAUGCGAUACAUAUCGCGAUACGCAUAUUUAUGUCAAAUCGCAUGGAAACGUCUUGCAAUAAAUAUUUCAUAGCAGGUUCAUAAGGAAAAGCAAUCUGUAGACACAUUUCCGUAGUGGCUUUUUUUUGUAGUGACCUUGAAACACUAAUUAUCCCCCGACACAAAGUGGGAUGGGGGAUAUAGGAACAGAGUUCGUCCGCCCGUCUGCUUCUCAAUGUGGACAUAUUUUCUCAAAAACUAUUCAAGUUAUAGAAAUGAAGUUUUACGCACUGAUGCUACUGGUCAUGAUCUCAAAUGAGUUUUUGUCAUUCACUCAUUUUAUGGCCCUUGUUCCAUGCUUUUCAACUUCAAAUGUGCCCAAAUGCGUGGGGAAUAGUGAUAAAUGCUUUGCGAUUUUUGACUGACAAAAAAGCAGUUUUUAAACAAGUAGUAAGUAAUAUUCUUUAGCAAGUGCGUCAUCUUGUAUCAUUACAGAGAAAAAUAUUGUAUCAUCGUUGCAUGAAAAGUCAUGGUGCACCGAUGUAUCGUUUCACCUCUAGUUGACGUGAGGUUUAUCUUGAUUAUAUUAAACUUCCUACAAGUAAACAAGCUCAAACCGUGUUUAAGAAAUACAAUUUAAAACAGUCCUUCAACAUAACAGAGGAAAAUUGUAUUGUACUGCAUGUCAGAAAAUGAAGCAGAUAUUUCAAAGAGCUGUAACCCAUCACAUAUAUAUCUUGAGUUGUGAGUGAAUCUUGCCAUUGAUGUUGUUCCUCUAUUUAGCAUAUUAUGCGUUCAUGUAAAGAGGUGGUGUGUGAGCUGCAUGUACCAUCUUAUGCCAAGAAAAUAAUUCUACACAUACAUAAUAGGGCUGGGACGCUACACCAUCUGUGCGAUCCGAUACGUAACAUGAUACUUUGCUCACGAUCCGAUACGUAUCAUAAUACUUACACAUGCUCUUAAGCACAUAAGCCAUCUUUUCAAUAGACAGGAUGGCCAUAUAUCUGGCACACUAACGAUUUACAGUUGGCAGUGUUAGUAUGGCGCAAUUGAUGAAAAUAUUUACAUUUUUCACUACUCAGCAUCACAAGUAAUUAGUGUAUGGUGUAACAUGUAUUAAGGAAUAUACUUAAGGUAAGAAUCAAUACUUUUUACUUAGUGUGCAAUUGUGAUCGAUACUUGUAUCGAGAAGUAAGUGUAUCGUCCCAGUACUAAUAAAAAAGUGGAGUAGCGUAAUGUGCCAUGGUCACUAAAUGUUAUGCCAUCAUGUUACUGUCAAGGAGACAUCCCCAGAAAUCAACUCGAUGUACACUUCAGUCAUUUUAGAUCAACAGUUAGAGAAUUAAUGGAACCUGACUUAUAGUGUAUCCCAAACUUAAGGAGGAAAUCUGUAGAUACUGUAAGAAAAGUCAAGAGGCAGUGAACACAUAAACAGUGAUUGACUGUGGAGCUGAAGGGAGGUACUAAUUUGCUUUUUAGACAUUGUAUAGGUAGUAGUUCACAUCAUCCAUUACUAUAGAAGGUGUAACUGCUGAUUUAUUUGAACCAGGUGGCCUCAACCAUCAGACUGUAUGUAUAGACUGUGAUUGGAUGCAAACAAAUUAAAGUCUAUAAAAUGUAGUAGAGACAAUUCAAAGAAGUCAAAGAGACAGUCCUGUUACAUAUCUUUGUAAUACACUGACAAUCUUUCCAUCCUGACAACAUUCACAGCCCAGUUUAUGACUUCCAGUUUUGAUUGGAACUCCCAAGGUUUCCUUUUCCAACUGUAGUUUGCAAGCCAUACUUUGUCCAGUAGUCAUGUGUGGUAAACAUGGUAAGAGAAGGAACUAGAAGCAUUACGGUGUUUUCUUUGAUGGUCAAGUUAUAGAGAUUUUUAAACAAGCAUGUGUGUCAUACUGAUUUUACGAAAUGAGUGUCUGAAUUCUCGUAUUGCCCAAACCAGAGUGUGGGUAAUACAUGGAUUCUUACACGUUUUGUAAAAUCAGUAUUACACACAUGCAAGUGUAAUAAUUUCUUUAUUACCCAUUAUUUCAUAAUCCUUUAGGGCUCCCUUGUAGAAAAAUGCACUGAUCAUGACCACCAACUUAGAAAACCACAAUUGUCAAAUGAUGUCAACAGUCUUCAGCUAUGUUUUUUUCUAGUGUGUGGACACUUCUGCCUAACUUGACAGUACAAUUCAAAUGACAUCAACAAUGUCGAGGUGACGGAAACAAUACACUGGUGUGCAGGAAGUGAUAUUUGCACCAGUGCCCAUACAGUUUUUAUCAACUCGGUAAUUUCUAUCCAAGUAAUAAUGGGUAAUAAUGAUAAUUAGCCCUCAUGGUUUUGUGAAAGUACAUGCAUAAUAUGUCCUGCUUCUAGACAUUUACGAAGUGAUGAGUGUGUGUCCCGUCUGCUGUGCAGUGCGCCUUGGUUGAUCCACAAGUGCAUGAUCAUAUUUUCACUUGCCCUUUUGUCAAGUUAUGAAAUAUGUUUCAGAAUAACCCUUUUGUUAAAUUUCAACACCUUUUUAAGGAAAGACUGUAGAUUGCUAUUGCACAAUAUCUCAUAAUUCUUUUGAAACUUACUCCAAUGUUCUGAAGUGCUUAGAUUUCAACAUUAUACUUUCAUCAUGUAAUACUUAAUACAAUAUCAACAAUUUGGAGAUGUUUAUCUGCUUGUGUUUAGUAAACUGCCCUAAAUUUGGCAAAAGUAAAUAAGUGCUGUGGUUGAAAACAUGCUUAUUUGGAACAUCCUUUUUUUCAUUCACUAAACCUUAUGGCAUCAAGAACUGAUGAGAAUAGAGUUAUGGUUUACCCUGAGGAUCUGAGAAUGGAUUGGAACAUAUCCAAGUUUACAUUUGGAACAUUUUGUUCAUGUUUUCCUUCAGAUGAAAUUGGGAUUGCAUUGUGAAUGUGCAUUAUUAUUUGCAAAUUUGGUUGAGUUAUAUUUUGCAAAACAAAUAUGAAUUAAAUAUAAAGAGUGCUA